AUGUUCAUUGUAUCUCCUAAAACAAACCCUAAGUCGAAUUUUUGAAUUCUUAUUUGUUUUAGGGUUUGGAGAAAGUUGUGAUUUUGGAAUUUCCCCUUUGAUCGUUUGUGUUUUGAAAUUUCGGAUUAAUGGCGUUCGUUGACGAUGAUGAAGAGGAAGACUUCUCUGUUCCUCAAUCAGCUUCGAAUUAUUAUUUUGAAGAUGACGAUAAAGAGCCUGUUUCGUUUGCUCGUCUCCCAAUUCAAUGGAGCGGCAAGGACAAAGUUGAUGGAAGUGGUUUAGGUUUUUACUUGCGAGGAAGAUCUGAUAAUGGCCUUUUGCCUCUGCAUAAGCUUGUCAAGGCUUGGAGAUUCGACCUUUCGAACUUUAGACCUGAGGUUUCUGUUCUUACAAAGGAUAAUAUCUGGAUUAAGCUUGAGGAACCGAGGAAAAGCUAUGGGGAAUUGAUAAGAACUGUUUUGGUAACGUUGCAUUCCAUUCAGUUUCUUAGGAGGAAUCCCCAAGCCUCGGAGAAAUCUCUCUGGGAGAAAUUAACUAAAAGUUUGAGGUCGUAUGAUGUGAAGCCAUCGCAGAAUGAUUUGGUGGAUCACAUUGAUUUAAUUGCUGAAGCUGCGAAAAGAGAUGUAAAUUUGGCGAAAUCAAAGGUUAUACUUGCAUUUCUCACAAAAAAGCCUACCAAAAGGAGAUUACCUGACGAUGACAUUGCAAAGGAUGAUUUCAUAGUUGGAGAUGAGGACACUUAUGUAGCUUCCGAUGAAGAUGAAUUGGAUGAUGAAGACGAUGAUUUUUUUGAGUCUGUUUGUGCAAUAUGUGACAAUGGUGGCGAGCUUUUGUGUUGUGAAGGAAGCUGCCUGAGAUCAUUUCAUGCUACCAAAAAAGAUGGUGAAGAUUCACUUUGUGAUUCUCUUGGCUUAAACAAGAUGCAAGUGGAAGCAAUUCAGAAAUACUUCUGCCCAAACUGUGAGCAUAAGAUACAUCAAUGCUUCAUUUGCAAGAACCUUGGCUCUUCUGAUAACUCUACUGGGGCAGCAGAGGUUUUCCAAUGCGUGUCAGCCACCUGCGGCUACUUUUACCAUCCUCGUUGUGUCACAAGACGGCUACGUUUAGGAAAUAAAGAAGAGUCUGAAGCACUAGAGAGACAAAUCAUUGCUGGAGAGUAUACAUGCCCAUUACACAAAUGCAGUGUCUGUGAAAACGGAGAGGUUAAGACAGACUCUAAUUUGCAGUUUGCUGUUUGCCGACGUUGUCCAAAGUCCUACCAUAGAAAAUGCCUGCCGCGGGAAAUUUCUUUUGAAGAUAUUGAGGACGAGGAUAUAUUUACUAGGGCAUGGGACGGACUCUUGCACAACCGUGUACUCAUAUAUUGCCAAGAACACGAGAUAGAUGUCGAUCUCCUGACACCACUUAGAGACCAUGUUAAGUUCCCUUUCACCGAAGAGAAGAAGGUCUUCAUGAAAGAGCAAAGAAGGAUACUGGAAUCACAUGUGGGACGAGAUAAAGCAAGACCUAAGGUUAAGGAUCCUGCCUUACAAGAUACUUGUGGAAAAGCUUCAGAUAAAUCCUUUAGAAGUUCGUUUCCUUCUUCAAAAGAUGGUUUCUCCACAAAGAAGCAUGGAUUAGUUUCAUCCGUACCAGACCAUUCGAGGAAACGAAAGGAUAUUGAUCCAUCCAUAAAGCAUAAAAUGGUUCCACAAAAAUCUCAGAAGAUGAUGGAAAACUCCCGUGAAGCUGGCAAAAACAAGCUGGGAGUAAAAGAGGCACGUGAAGCUGGUAAAAGCAAGGUUUCACUGGGUGAGAGGUUGUUUAAUUAUAUCCAGGAACCUAACCUAGUAAAGCCUGGGCGCGUGAUUCCUUUUGAUAGCAAGCACAAUAAGACUGACUCAAUUGCCUCCAAGGAGCCAGGAAGUGAACCAACAUUAGACAACGACUCUCAAAGGAGGCUCUUGGCGGUGAUGAAAAAAGCUACGGAAGAAAUAACUAUGGGGACUAUGUUAAAGAAAUUUAAAGUUCAAUCUACUAUGAAUACAAACUCCACAAGGAAUGUUGUGGACAAGACAAUCACUAUGGGGAAGGUAGAGGGCUCAGUUCAGGCUAUCAGAACAGCGCUAAAAAAACUUGAGGAAGGAGGAAACAUUGAGGAUGCAAAAGCAGUUUGUGAGCCAGAGGUUCUGAGCCAAAUCCUCAAGUGGAAGGAUAAGCUCAAAGUUUAUCUUGCUCCUUUUCUCCAUGGUGCACGCUAUACCUCCUUUGGUCGUCAUUUUACUAAUCCUGAAAAACUUCAACAGAUUGUUGAUAGGCUGCAUUGGUAUGCAGAAGAUGGUGAUAUGAUUGUCGACUUCUGUUGUGGUUCUAAUGACUUUAGCUGUCUGAUGAACACGAAGCUUGAAGAAACAGGGAAGAAGUGCUUAUAUAAAAAUUACGAUCUUUUUCAAGCGAAGAAUAAUUUCAAUUUUGAGAGAAAGGAUUGGAUGACUGUAAGCAAAGAUGAGUUGGAACCAGGUUCAAAGCUGAUUAUGGGGCUAAAUCCACCAUUUGGAGUCAAUGCUUCUCUUGCAAACAAGUUUAUUACCAAGGCUCUUGAGUUUCGCCCAAAGAUUCUCAUCCUCAUUGUUCCUCCAGAGACUGAAAGGUUAGAUAAAAAGAAGUCAUCAUAUGUGCUUAUAUGGGAGGAUAAGACGUUCCUAUCUGGAAAUUCAUUUUACCUGCCUGGUUCUGUCAAUGAAGAAGACAAGCAAUUGGAAGACUGGAACAUUGUUCCUCCGCCACUUUCUCUCUGGAGUCGGUCCGACUUUGCAGCCAAGCACAAGAAAAUAGCGGAAAAGCAUUGCCAUUUGUCUAGGGAUGUGGGGAGCUCAAAGUUAAAGAUAGUUGAAGAAGAAGCAAAAGCAUCUUUGCAUCCUCUUGGAGCUUCUGAUGGCAUGUGUGAUGAUAUUCCUAUGGAAAAGGAUGAACUUGAGGUAGCUGAAUGUGUUCAUAAAAUUUUACUCUCUGAGAAAAUCGAAACACCGGAAGCUGUCGCACGUGUACAUCAGUCAGAUCACUUGUCACAGAGAAGUCAGCUGAAAAGGGAGGAAAAGACCAAAGACCACUCCGGUAGGAAGCUUGGGAAGUCUGUGGAUUCUAAUAGUGUUGAUUGGAAGAGCAAUGACAUGGAAGAGGAUCGAGGAGAGGUGACUAGAGCACCGGAGAGCAUCAAAGUAAAAGUUCCUGAAAUGACAUCUGAUUGGCAGAGUCCUGUUAGGUCUUCCCCAGAUGAUAUAUAUGAUGUCUGCACAUCAAUUUCCAAUACAACACCUCAAAGAUCUCGCGAGUCUGUAGAAGCAUCUCUGCCUGCAAUAACAAGGACAAAAAGUAACUUGGGGAAAAAUAUUAGAGAACCUGAUUGUAAAGUGCAGGGCAGUGGAAAACCUGAAGUGACGCAGAAUAGGCCUAGCUCUGUAAGAACUUCUAGAGAGGACAUCUACACUGUUCGUCCAUCGCCAGAAAAUACGGGUCAGAAACCGUUUGAAGCUUUUGAACCAUCUUAUGGUGCAAGUUUGUCCCAUUUCGACGAUGGUCUUGCUGCUAGGUAUGGUUUUGGUGGAGGUUACAGAAUGCCGGAUCCUCCUUUCCUACCGGAUCAGUUUCCAUUGAGAAAUGGUCCUAACGAGAUGUUUGAUUUCCGAGGAUAUUCUGACCUCGAUAGAGGGGUUGGUCAAAGAGAGUAUCCACAGCAGUACGGUGGGCACUUGGACCCCAUGUUAGCUCCUCCUCCUCCAAAUCUGAUGGACAAUGCAUUCCAAUUGCAACAACGUUAUGCGCCUCAUUUCGAUCAAAUGAAUUACCAGAGGAUGAGCUCUUUCCCACCUCCGCCUCCAAUGCAACCUAGUGGACACAAUCUCUUUAAUCCUCAUGGCUUUCCACUGCAACCGCCACCACCUAGUGACUUCGAAAUGAGUCCAAGAGGUUUUGCCCCUGGCCCGAACCCAAACUACCCUUAUAUGAGUCGAUCUGGCGGCUGGAUAAAUGACUAGACCAGCACUCAUUAUCCUUGUAGUUGCAACAUUAGUAGUUCGAUUGAUCUUUUGUGUCUGACUCCACGAAAUUGUAGGAAGAAUAGAAGAAAUCUAGAACUUUUCUCUGCCACUCAAGUCUAGCUAGUGGGCCUUUUGGCUGUUUAAUUAAUAUAAAAGAAAAAGAAGCCAGCAUCUAUUCUCUUAAACUUUUUAGUCAUCUUUUGUGGUAAUUCUUUAAUACAGGACAACGUCAAAG